AUGCACGAGAUCAUCACCCUCCAGUUCGGGCAGCAGAGCAAUUAUCUGGCCACUCAUUUCUGGAACGCACAAGAAUCAUAUUUUACAUACUCGGCCGAUCAAGAAUCACCAGUGAACCAUGACAUCCACUGGCGGCCCGGCAUCGGCGCCGAUGGCGCCGAGACUUUUAUGCCCAGGACGGUCAUAUACGAUCUAAAGGGCGGCUUCGGUUCGUUGCGCAAGAUCAACGCCCUGUACGACGUGAUGGAGGAUAAGCCGCCGGAAGCUCUCUGGAGCGGACAGACCGUCGUCCAGAGACAAGAACCCAUAGAGCAGAGCGCCUACCAGCAGAGCCUCGACGCCGGGCUGGAGGCGCCGCCCCUCAGCACCGAGACGGUGCGGUACUGGUCCGACUUCAACCGCGUCUUCUUCCACCCGCGCUCCGUCGUCCAGCUCGACGAGUACGAGCUCAACUCGGCCAUCCGGCCCUUCGACAAGCGCGCCUCGGGCGAGGAGCUGUUCUCGUCCCUCGACAGGGAGCACGACCUGCUCGACCGCGACCUGAGGCCGUUCGCCGAGGAGGCCGACCACAUGCAGGGCAUCCAGAUCAUGACGACCAUCGACGACGCCUGGGGCGGGUUCAUGACCCGCUACCUGGAGCGCAUCCGGGACGAGUACGGAAAGACCACUGUCUGGGUAUGGGGGCUGCAGGACUCGCUGCGAGGGGUUCCCAGAGAGAAGCGGCUCCUCCGGCUAGCCAACAAGGCGCAAACUCUCACAGAGGCAUACAAGCAGGCCUCACUGCUGGUACCUGUCUCCAUCCCCGAGAGGCCCCUGCCCCGAAACAUAUCCCUAGACCUCGCCUCAAGGUGGCACACGUCCGCCCUCCUCGCCACGGCUAUCGAAAGCGUCACACUGCCAUCUCGGCUCAAGCACGCCCAGGACCGGGACGCCAUGGGCACCAUCACAGACCUGCUCAACGUCAUGGGCAAGCAGACAGUCGCCAGCCUUUCGAUGAGCCUACAACCUUCUUCCCAUGACCAUCCAGCAGCUCCAGCGGUAAGCGGGGACACGCAUCCGGAGGGCGCAGCCGCAGAGAGCCUCUCCCUGGACAUAGACUUCUCGCCGCCCGACGAGCUACCACAACAGUCGUCCCGACAAAACGGCCACAAGCAGGCCCGGGUCUUUGGCCAGGUCGUGACCAGCCGCGGCCCCGUAAUCAAGGACGAGGCGGCGGAGACGACGACGGCCACCACCACCACCACCUCAGAGGCAGACCAUAGGGAGGAGGUGAUCCGCCGACGGCACGCCCAGCAGAGCUUCAGCAGGAGGUACCGCACCGACCUGGGGUACCCCCUGCCGGACAGCUUCCCGCGCAUCUUCCUCGACGGCGACGCCGGCAGGCCCCUGCCGUCGGGCGCCUCCGCCGGCGUCACCGCCGCCCUGUCGACCGAGAGCGCCGUGUGCGACCGCCUGCGGCAGCUGCGCGGCACCGUCGUGCGGUCGAUCGGCCUCGUCGACCGCGAGGGCCUCAGCAACGACCUGGCCGAGAUGGCGGACGAGUACCACGACGGGUGGUCCAGCGGCAGCGACAUUGGAGACGACGACGACUGA